UAAAAUUUAAAAAAUAUUAAUAAACAUAUUAUUUAAUAUAAAUCAGAUGCAAUAAUUAUUUCAGUGUAACAUUUUUUUAAACUUAGUUUUCCCUUAUUUCUUGGCUAAAUUUUUGUUAGUGCCCUUUUUUUUGGUUAAUUACAGAAUGGAUGUCAGAAGUCUUAAGUUCUCAGAUACCUUUUUUGAAAUGAUGAGUGGUGAGUCAAACUCAAUAAAAAAUUUAUUUCAAAGCAUGUAAAUAAAGAUGGAGUGCUGAGAGCGAUGGGGAACUUCCUAUGACAAUUAUCUUCAAAUCAAUCUCGACCAUACACACACACCUAUGUAUACACUAACAAUACACAAUGGGAUCCGGUGCAAGUGUCACAAGUCCAACAUACAUUUUCAAAUCAAAAGCUGAAAGCAAAGACUUACAGAAUUCAAAUGAAAAUGAACAUUCGCAAAAAUGUGUCUACAGCAAUACGACUAAUCAAAAGAAAUGCAGUACCGAUUUCAAAAAGCUGGGAUCUAAUUUUGUUCGGAAUUUGCUUAGAAGCGAGUUUGAUCUACCACUCAAUUUACAGACUCCUCAAUUGAGUUCAACACUAGAAAAGGAAGCUCAGCAAAAAGAAGAACCAAAAUCUGAAGAAACAAGACCUUCUUUGGUUCUGCUCCCCACUCGCUCGUCUCAAUAUUUCAAGAAUCUAAUUCUCAUGGGAGACCCUGACACGAAAAACCAUGAACCGAAUCUAGAUCCAUCAGGCGAUGUGAACAGAGCAAUAAAAACUUUUUCCAUUCCAACCGAUAAGCUGACAAAACUGAAAUUCCUUUCUAUAUGAUGGAAUAAAUCAAAAAUGUCUGUAGUUUAAUUUUUCUCUGUCAUUUAACAAAAUAUACGAUAUUAACCGUCUAAA